AUGGAGGUGGAGUCCCUGCGCGAAACUUUAGAAACGUCGGACUUCUUCGAGAACUUAACCGCCGCGCUAUCAUCCUUCCCUCUCGAAAAGUUCGGCAACCCGACGUUGGUUCUACGAGCUUUCGUCCAGGAGGGGGAUAGCUCUGAUGGUGACAGCUUCGGCACUUUCGAAGCCAAUGAAGAAGCUGACUUACACUCGGUGCCGAUUCGGCUUCUGACUUCGGGCGGUUUGAGGCUGGCUGCGGUGAAUGGUAAUGUGGCGGCAGAACAAAACGGCGUUGAAAGCGAAAGUCCGAGGCAGAUGCAAGUCGGACAAGAGAACUUUCCGAAAAGAGCAAAGGUCAAACAUGAUGGUGUGUUUCAUCCGAGGGAGUCCUCAUUGGGCAAGUUUGUGGUCGGCGUUUGGGAGCAGAUACACUCUGGGUUGAUCCUUGAACCGCAUGUUCUCUCCGAACAGGUACAGCUCACAGCUACAUCGGCUGGUACUGGAGCACCUGGCGAGAUUAUACCGGCUGCUGCAGACGUGCAGAGCCAUCGGUCAGACCAGACUUGGGAAUCGUUCAGUCGGAGUAAUUUGUUCUGUCGACGCGUCACACAAGCUAGCCGCACAUGCCGCUCCAUCGAGGUCAUAGUUCAGGCACGAUGGGUUGAGCUGUUUGACUCAUACGUCGAGCAUCUAGCCACUACUAAUCCUGGCCUAUCAACCACAAAGAGUCGCAUGAGAGCCAUAGCUGAGGCAUGCGCCGAUUUUGGCUGGACCGAGAAGGAGCUUCGAAACAAGAUGGCCAUCUGGCGAGGAUAUAAAGAGAUCAAAGAUGUCCUUGGCUGGGUUGCGUUGGUCUUCUCGGGAAUGGGUCUUUAUCGGCUGUGCAAGUACCGCAUUGACUUUGACGUAGAAAAGUUCUCUCGAGCCCGAGCUUUGAGGAUGAGGAUGGAAGUUGCUGCCGACACUUUGCAUCAUAACUGGCGACAGCUAUUGGCUAUUGUGGGUGAGCCGACCGAGAGACGCUUUGUUGGACAUCCACACGACUGGGUAGUCCAUCAAGAUGGCUCAGACCCGGUUCCUCUCCGAUCGACAUACCUAACAUACGACCCCAACUUCACCUUUGAGCAUCUUGAUGAAUCGGUCAUCGAUAUCACAUCAUUCGGAGCCGAUGACCCUCGUUGGACUCCCCCAUCGACAGCGGUUUCCAUACCAGGAUCGAAUAUCUGCAACCUAUGCAGCCAAGUACAAUCCAACGAAGCCGCAGUCAACGCUUGCAAAUGUUUUCCCAGCCUCUUCGGCGCUCCCAGAUUUCCGACAGCUGUCCAAGUCUUCCGCACAUCCAACGGUCGGAAUAAUGGUCUUCAAGCUUUGGUAGCUUUUGAAAGAGGCGUCGCAAUCGGAGAGUUCGUCGGUUUGAUCACCAAAGAUAUCGAAGACCAAGAUGUUUUGGAUAGCAAAGUGGGUGGAAGACGGUUUCAGAUCUGGCAAGGUCGACAAGGUAACUUUACUCGGUUCGCCAACCAUAGCUGCAAACCCAAUGCGCAAUUUGAGAAAUUCGUCUGGCUGGGUACCCAGCAUAUCUUACUAGUAAGCAAAGGCAUUGAAGCAGGAAUGGAGAUCACGGUGGACUACUCUGAGAGCUAUUGGCGGGGUCUCGAUAAGAAGUGUCUCUGUGGGGAGCCUUGUUGUCGGUACAAGAAGAAUGAGAAUGCGAGGUAA